CCUCUUUCUCUCUCUCUCUUCAUCUCCCCUCUCUCUGCCUGUCAUUCUCUGUCCCUCUCUCUCUCUCUCUCUCUCUCUCUCUCUCUCUCUCUCUGCCUCUGUCAUUCUCCAUCUCCCCCUCUCUCUCUGUCUCCCCCUUCCUCUCUCCUUCUCCAUCCCUCUCUCUCUCUCUCCAUUUCCAUCCCUCUCUCCCUCCGUCUCCCAUCUCUCUCUGUUCCCCUGCACCUAUCUUCUUUCCUCUUCACCCCUUCUCUCUAUCUCUCCCUCCCUCUGUCUCGCCCUCACUCUCAUUUUCCUUAGCAUAAUUCCUCGUCUAUCCUACCCUCAUGUUAAAGCUGCUUGUUUUUAUUUGUCUGCCCUUUUUAAUCCUCCAAUGCCUUUCUCUGGCACCCACUGCUUCUCCCUCCCACCCUCUCCUCAUCACCCUUUGUCUCAACCUUUCACCAACUCUCCAUUUCCCUGUCACCCUCUGCCUCAUCCCCGUCAUCCUCUGCCUCAUCUUCGUCACCCUGUACCUCACCCUGGGGUGGAGGAGGGGGGCCCAAAGCAUAUCCUUGCACCUGGGCCCACCACUCACAAGUUCCACCACUGGUGCUGCCGGCUGGUGGUACAGUUCUUCUGCUCCUCUCCGCGCUGACAUAUGCCCGCCCCACACCACAAGAAACGACUCUGCAUAUGGGAGUCCUAAGGGGAUGAUUGUGUUGUGCUAUGUGAGGGCCUGGGACUACACUGCAGAGCAGACUGCGCGCGGCUACCCUGCUACUGUUCCCUGUCUGAGUGGAUCACAGUCUCCUUCUUCUGCAGCCUGCAAUAUAUAGUCGCCUUGGAUUGGGGUAGAAUUUCUUCUUCACCGGGACUCCUUCUCCUGCAGCCAUAAAGGAAUUGGUUACAGAAGAGAACAACGCUUAGGACUGACUAAGUCAAUCAAGUGAAAUAUGAAUAAUUCACAGAAAAGAAGCAACCCUAGAAAGAAUACAGGUAGUCACAGCAGCCACAGCCAAGGACAAAGUGGAGGCCACAGCAAGCAUAAUCCUAGAGGCAGCAAUGCCGCCAAAAAAACACAGGGUAGUCACAGCCAAGGACAAAGUGGAGAUAACAUCAGGCAUAAUCCAUCCAGAGGCAGCAAUGACUCCAAAAAGGCACAAGGGUUUCAGAGUCCGCUGGUACCAACACAACACUUUUAUGGGUUUCAGAGUCCGCUGGUACCACCACAACACUUUUAUGGGUUUCAGAGUCCGCUGGUACCAACACAACACUUUUAUGGGUUUCAGAGUCCGCUGGUACCAACACAACACUUUUAUGGUAGUCACAACAGCCAAAGCCAAGGACUGAGUGGAGACCACAGCAAUAAUAAUCCGCAUGGAAGUAACAAGAGGGACAACCAAAGUGGUGAUCAGAAAAGGCAAAAUCCUUCUGGUAGCAAUGACUCCAAAAAGCCUCAUGGUGGUUACAGCCAAGGACAAAGUGGAGAACGCAGCAGGUAUAAUCCUUCCAGAGGCAGCAGUGACUUCAAAAAGACACAGGGUAGUCACAACACCCAAAGCCAAGAGCAGAGUGGAAACCAUAGCAGGAAUAAUCCUUCCAGAGGCAGCAAUGACUCAGAAAAGGCACAUGAGGAGAGUCCGCCACUCAGAAGACCGGCAUCCGACAGUCGACAUCCCGAAGGUGGUUACAGCCAAGGACAAAGUGGAGAACGCAGCAGGCAUAAUCCUUCCAGAGGCAGCAGUGACUUCAAAAAGGCACCGGGUAGUCACAACACCCAAAGCCAAGGGCAGAGUGGAAACCAUAGCAGGAAUAAUCCUUCCAGAGGCAGCUAUGACUCAGAAAAGGCACAUGGUAGUUACAACACCCAAAGCCAAGGGCAAAGUGGAAACCAUAGAAGGGAUACUCCUUCCAGAGGCAGCAAUGACUCAGAAAAGGCACAUGGCAGUUAUAAUCCUUCUAAAGCCAAAAAUGACUUCAAAAAGGCACAUGGGAGUCACAACAGCCACAGCCAAGGACAAAGUGGAGAACACAGCAAGCAUAAUCCUUCAAGAGACAGUACUGACUCCAAAAAGGCACAGGGCAGCCACAGUCAAGGACGAAGUGGAGCUCAGAGAAGCCAUAAUCCUUUCAGAGGCAGCACUUACUACAAAAGAGCACAGGGUUACUCAUUUGACGCAUUCAGUGCUUUUGGAAGCAAUCCUGCUGUCUUCACAAACUUCAGAACAAUUGGGCAUCAAAAUAAAAAUGAAAGAGCACCGUCUGAGAACAGAGCUGAAGCAUUGAGGAGCCGAAAGUUAAAUCAGACUUCAGACCAAUGCAAAAAAGCAUUUUCUAGGGGCCAGUCAGAACAUGGCAUACAGAAAAGAGACCAAGCUAAAAAAGUUUUGGAUCAAUUCAAAUUAAAAGAUGACAGACUUGGAAUGAAAGCACAAGUAAGAAGUCUGCAAAAUCUUUAUAAGUUUCCCAUGGGUCCCAAGAGAGAGGAGUCAUGUCAAAAAGAUUUUUUUAAAGAAACAGGUAAAAUCAACCAUGCCAGUUAUGAGAAGAAAAUUGACUCAAAUACAAUUUCCAAGCUUUCCGCACUGGAGCCAUCUGAAGUCAUUCUGAAACUCGUUGCCCCAGGAAGUGGCCUGAAGGAAUUUCUUAACAAAACUGCAGUAGAUUUUGAUGUAGUAGAGGGUUUCCUUAAAAUUUUGACUACAGUUAUUGGAUGCACAACAAGUCGUCAGAAUCUAACCUAUCUUCUAAGUCAAGUCCAAGAUUCUGUCUUCCUAAAUCAAGUUCUUCCUUUUCACAUUUUAGACUAUUCAAAAGUUUUAACAGAAGAACACAAAAACCUAUCAUUUUUUGACCUUACCAUUAUUUUAAUCACUGAACUGGCAAGUAUUUUCCCAUCCAGUUCCUUCAUUGAAGUAAAAAUAAUGUAUACCCUCCUUGAAAACACCUUUAAAGAACUGGAAAUGAGUGAGAAACUAGUACCUGCAGAAGUGGAAAAAAAAUUGAUUGUUCUCCAAAACUUUCUCCAACACUUACAAGAGAAAAAAACGGAAGGCACUUUGAGAUCAGAUAAUUAUGUCUACAUUGUAGGAAAUAGGGAAAACAUGGAAGAGGACUUUAGAAGUCUAUCAAUUUAUCCAACACACAAAGACAUCUAUUUGUCUGAAAAUCCUUCAAUGCGGCCAAAUAUUAUCGAUGGAUCUUAUACUGAUGUAAAAUCUUACCUAGACACCCAUUUCAGUCUACUGCGAGAAGAUUUUAUUCGUCCUUUAAGAGAUGGAAUUUCUGAACUUGUUGCACUAAAAAACAAGGAUCUCUGUGAAGCAAGAUUUGAUGAUAUCAGAAUCUAUUUCAAUGCACAGAUCUUAUAUCCAAUGUACACCAAUGCUGGAAUAGUCCACCAGGUCAAGUUUAAAACAACAAACUUAAAAAAUGUUUGCUGGGAAAUUUCACGCCGUCUGCUCUAUGGAUCCUUUGUCUGUCUUUCCAAAGACAACUUCAAGAAUAUGCUGUUUGCCACUGUAGCGGACAGAAGUGUUUCUGAUCUCAAGAAAGGAGUUAUAACCUUGAUGUUUACUGAAGAAAGUCGACAGGAGCUGGCACAGUAUACACUACAACAUGAUAUUUUUGUGAUGAUUGAAGCCACAACAUACUUUGAAGCAUUUCGCCAUGUUUUGGAAGGGUUGAAAGAAAUGGCGGAGAGUGAAAUACCUUUCCAGAACUACAUUGUUCAUUGUAACACAGCCGUAUCCCAACCUUUGUAUCUCUUAGAAAAUCGGGUGGGUUACACUUUGAAAGAGCUGAUCAAAACUGGAAGCUUUACUGAAGAAAAGUUAUGUAAUAUGGAAUACUCUGGCAACGUGUUUCAAAGGAAGAAAUUUGAUGUGCUUGAUUUCAGUAGUUGGCCAACUAAAGAGGAGCUUCAACUUGAUCGAUCCCAAUUCACAGCACUACAGAUUGCUCUAACAAGUGAACUUUCCAUUAUACAAGGUCCCCCAGGCACAGGUAAAACCUAUGUUGGACUGAAAAUUGUGCAUGCUCUCCUUGCUAACUCCAACCUCUGGAAUCACAGGCAAAGUCCAAUAUUGAUUGUUUGCUACACAAACCAUGCUCUUGAUCAGUUUCUGGAAGGAAUUCUUCAGCAAUUGACAUGCACCAUAGUAAGAGUGGGGUCAAGGAGCAGCAGUGAAAUUUUGCAAGAAUGUUCCCUAUCCAAGAUUCGGAGUCAGAAAAGUCUACAAAGUUUCCCUGGAUACAUGCGAGCUAUGCAUGCAGAGCUAUCAGAUGAAAAGGAAGAUAUUGAAGAAAUAUUAAACAAAAAAGCAGGACUUCUAGAAUAUGCUACUAAAACGAUUCUUCAUGAGGACAUUUUGGGAAAAUAUAUGCCUCCUCAUCAUCUAGAGUGCCUUAUGUCACAAAGGGAAUACCUGGAGAGUACAUCUCGAGUUUCAUGUAAGAUUGCAGAAUGGCUGGGAACUUCAAAAGCCUAUCAAAGUACAAGAAAAGACGUUGAUGCUUUUGAAUUUGAAACUGACGAGGUAGAAAGUGAUGUAGAUCCUUUUGAAAGUAAAAAUUGUGAGGAAGAAAACGAUGUUGAUCCUUUUGAAACUGAAAAUUAUGGGGAAGAAAACUAUGUUGAUCCUUAUGAAACUGAAAAUUAUGAGGAAGAAAACGAUGUUGAUCAUUUUGAAACUGAAAAUUAUGAGGAAGAAAGUGAUGUUGAUCCUUAUGAAACUGAAAAUUUUGAGGAAGAAAACGAUGUUGAUCCUUAUGAAACUGAAAAUUAUGAGGAAGAAAACGAUGUUGAUCAUUUUGAAACUGAAAAUUAUGAGGAAGAAAGUGAUGUUGAUCCUUAUGAAACUGAAAAUUUUGAGGAAGAAAACGAUGUUGAUCCUUAUGAAACUGAAAAUUAUGAGGAAGAAAACGAUGUUGAUCAUUUUGAAACUGAAAAUUAUGAGGAAGAAAGUGAUGUUGAUCCUUUUGAAACUGAAAAUUUUGAGGAAGAAAACGAUGUUGAUCCUUUUGAAACUGAAAAUUGUGAUGAAGAAGACAAUGUUGAUCCUUUUGAAACUGAAAAUUGGGAGGAAGAAAAUGAUGUAGAUCCUUUUGAAACUGAAAAUUGUGAGGAAGAAAGCAGUGGCCCACAUGGAGAUGACAACACCGUGGGGGAAGAAACAGAUGAUCCAUUUAUAAGAGUUUGCGAUGAAGCUGAGCUAGCAGAAGCUGAGCGCAUGAUUGAAGAAGAUUACUACAUUAAAGAGCAGAUCAGAUUGGCACGACAGCGAGCAGCCAGAAUGUUUGUGCCUGAAGAAUAUGACCGUGAAGAUCAAAACAGUUAUACAGAACUAGAUGAUGAGAAUGACUGGCAGAUUCCAAAGAAUAUGAAGAAAAAAAAAGAGAAAGAGGUCAAGUCAGAACUGGGGAAAGCCAAUAAUAUAACAGAAGAGCAUUGCAAAGUGAUCAACGAUCUUUGGCAGCUUCCCAUUCAGAAACGCUGGGAAGUCUACAGAUGUUGGAGGUCCAAAUAUCUGUCUGAUAUUCACAAGGAGAUAUUUAAACUGCAGAACCUAUACCAGAUAGUGAUAAACAGGAUGACUGAACUAAGAAACCAGGAGGACCUACUAAUAUUACAAAAGGCAGAUAUUAUUGGCAUGACCACUACCGGUGCAGCAAAAUUCAGAAGGAUACUCCAAAAUGUUCAACCCAAAAUUGUGAUCGUGGAGGAAGCUGCUGAAGUUUUAGAGGCUCACAUUAUUACUACACUCAGCUCCAGCUGUCAGCACCUUAUAUUGAUUGGAGACCAUCAGCAGCUCCGCCCAAGCACAACCGUAUAUGAACUUGCAAAAAACUUUAACUUAGAAGUAUCGAUGUUUGAAAGACUAAUCAGGAUGAACAUCCCCUACGUACGAUUGGACUACCAGCAUCGAAUGAGGCCUGAAAUUGCACGGCUGCUAACACCACACAUAUAUGAAAAGCUGGAGAACCAUGAGUCCGUAUUACAUUUUGACAACAUUAAGGGUGUUUGUCACAACCUCUUCUUUGUGGACCACAAUUAUCCUGAGGAGCACUUCAAAGAAGGGAAAAGUCACCAGAAUGCCCAUGAGGCUGCUUUUGUGAAAUCACUUUGCCUGUAUUUCAUACAUCAAGGCUACUCUCCAUCAGACAUCACUAUACUCACUACUUAUUCUGGACAACUUCACUGUUUACAGAAAAUGAUGCCUAAAUCCCAAUUUGAGGGUGUCAGAGUAUGUGUGGUGGACAGAUUUCAAGGAGAGGAAAAUGAAAUUAUAAUCCUAUCAUUAGUAAGGAGCAAUCUAGAUGGUAAUGUUGGCUUUCUUAAAAUACCAAACCGGGUAUGUGUUGCCUUGUCAAGAGCAAAGAAAGGCUUAUUUUGUAUAGGGAACAUGCAGAUCCUCUCCAAAGUUCCCCUCUGGAGUAAAAUCAAUGAAGUGUUAAGAGAAAAUGAACAAAUUGGUAAAGAACUGAUGCUCCAAUGUGUCAAUCAUCCCAACACCACAAAUUUUGUAUCCAAAUCUGAAGACUUUCAUAAGGUUCCUGAAGGUGGAUGCAUGGUUCCUUGUCAAUACAGAUUAGACUGUGGGCACGCCUGUACACUUUCCUGUCACCCGUACGAUCAGGAGCAUAAAGCCUUUAAAUGCAGAAAGCCUUGUGCUAUCACCUGUGAAAAUGGUCACAAGUGUAGGAAAAUUUGUAGUGACCCUUGCGGGAAAUGUCAAGAGCUUGUGUCAAAAAUGAUCCCUUCAUGUAGGCACAUUCAGAGUGUUCCAUGUUCAAUGUCUCCAGACGUUUUCACAUGCAAAGAUCCAUGCACACGUAGCUUGGAAUGUGGUCACAAAUGUGUCCGAUUUUGUGGUCAAUUCUGUAAGAAUUGUCCUGAAGAGUUAAAAGUUACUUUGGAAUGUGGACACACAAUUAAAACAUUGUGCCACGUAAAGACAGAAGCCGACAAGAAUGGGACCAAAUUAAAAUGUGAUGUGAAAUGUGAAGAAAAACUGAAGUGUGGACACAACUGUCCUGGAAGCUGCAGCAGCUGCCUUAGACAAGGCAUUCACAUGACCUGUGCAAAACUGUGCGGUAUUAUGCUCUUCUGCUCUCAUGCUUGUGGAGAAAAGUGCUCAUCUGACUGCUUUUGUAUGCGCUCUUGUGAAAAGAAAUGUUUUCAUGGUAAAUGUCCUAUGAAAUGCAGUGAGCCAUGUACACGGUGUACAAAGCUGUGUGGAUGGGGAUGCAUGCAUAAGAGGUGUACAAAGCUGUGUUGGGAACCUUGUGACAGAGAAGCCUGUGAUAAACCCUGCAGGAAGACGCUGAAGUGUGGACACUCAUGCAUCGGCCUGUGUGGUGAGCCCUGCCCCAAGAAAUGCAGAGUUUGUGAUGCUGAUGAAGUAAAUGAAUUAUUCUUUGGCACAGAAGCAGAUUCCGAUGCACGUUUUGUCCAACUUAUGAAUUGUCCUCAUUUUUUUGAAGUGACAAAAUUCUCUGAAUGGAUUAAUCAAAAGGAAGAAGAUCAGGUUAUUAAACUUAAGUCCUGUCCCAAAUGUUCAAAACCCAUUAAGCAAACCUUACGAUAUGGCAGUUUGGUCAAGGAAACACAUUCUGAUUUGGAGAAUGUGAAAGAGCUCAUCGUAUACAAAUGGCUAAAUCAACUGGAAAUGUUUUUGAGUGAAAAUGAUGCUGAAUUAAGACACUUUCCAGAGGCUAAUAGCACAGUGCAGGAGUUGCAAGAUAGUGGCUUCACCCUUUGUUCAAUGAUAUUGGUGUGUGAAAAAAUUAAAUUCUGGCAAAAGCUUGGCACAAUUAUAAACAGAGCAGAGCAGAGUCCUGAUAGUCUAGCCAAGGUACUUUCUGAUAUUCAUACUCUUGCUAGUUCCAUUCAGAAAGCUAAAAGUAAAUAUGUCAUUUUGGAGAAGAACUAUGAAUUAUUCAUCUUGGCUUUAGAGACAGAGGUGUCAUUUCUGAAAACAGAAAAGCCAUUUAUGCUCCGUCAUAUCAGAAAUUUGAUUGCACAAAUGAAAACAAAACAGCACACCAAAAGCUUGAUUGAAGUACAAGCUCAGUUAAAAAAGUUUCCAGUACAAAUGGAUCUUAUUAAUAUAAUAGAGGAAAACAAAGUUUUGCUGAACACAGAGCUCCUGAGGCAAGAUUUCUGGCACAAGUGUCCUGCAGGGCACAUCUAUCCUACCAACCAAGAUGAAGACAAUACACUGUACUGCCCGCGUUGCAGUUUUGAUGAUGAAGAUUAGCAGUUAUUAAAACUCACGUUACAGUACCAACAUUCUCAUGCUGGUUUUGCAGUAUUGAGAAUUCAAAAAAUCUGUUAUUUUCUAGAUAUAUAAAAAGUCCUGCAUUCUGAACUUAUUUGGGAAACUUCCAUUGAGAUUCUUUAAUGUGGUAGAAACUUUAAGAUUGAUAGCUACAACAUAAUGUAACUGGUUUGAAAUGAGUCAUAUUCAAAAGAACCUUUGUAUACUACUAAUGUUCUUUGACCUUUAGGCAGAACCUCAGCAAUCCUGUUUAAUGCAUAACAAAUUGAAAAACCCUAACAAUUGUCCUAGUGAAAGUCAUGGAUGACUUUAUGCAUUAGUCUGAACAUCUGGCAUUACAAAGACCAUUAUCAACAUGCUUCCUAUACACAAUAUAUUUGUAUUAGGUUAAAAAAGGCACAUCUAGGGGGCGUGGCCUGACAAACAAGAAGACAGGACGUGCCUCACCUGAGCUCCUGCAGCCUUGAUAUAAAACGGACACUUUCUGGGGGUUCCGCAUCCCGAUUCUCUCGACAAGUGCAUGUUAUAGCCCACCCUACCCUUGGGCUCUCUCCUGUUGACUCUGGCAUCACCUCCUCAGGCUAGGGCCUAUCACAGGUACAACACUGCGGCCUCAAUUAAGGGAUUCCCCUGACCACGUGUCUGCUUAUUACCACUGCCGGCGGGCCGUGCCUGCACAUCCAGCUCCUCUCCAGGCUGACGCCACUCCCUGCUGCCUCCCAGCUCCCUAUAAAAGGCACAGAUAGGGGCUUUCUGAGGCCAGAGACCGUAACUCCAGACUCACGAUCAUACCCGCCCGCCAUCCUGGUUUUCCAUAUGAGGAAGUGCUGCUGCUGGUCUGCAUAAGUGUGACCUGCAUUUCCUUGCAAUACGUAUGCCAAUCUCUGAUAUUUGAGUAGGUUAGGCAUAUUUAUUUGUAUCCUAAAGCUGGGUCAAGCUCCUUAAGAACUGCUUAGUGAGGUCUCCCUACUGUGCUGGACUGCCGCUGUAAUCUCAAUACUAUUACUACGCUACUGUUGUGGAACUCUCAACUCAUAGGGUCCAUGAAAGAUGCCUUAAUAUUAUAGGGAUGCUAAUGUGACCUGUUCCUACAGUACUCCACCACACGUGUUCUAUAUACCUAUCUCUUAGAAUAUAUAUUUUGAACCAACACAGCUUUAUAUUUUAUGCAGAGACUCCAGUACUGAAGUGUGAUGAUUUCUGUUUUACUAUGUCUCCUAAAAAGCCUAAAGGAGCUCUAACUUUUCCUAGUCUGUUCCUAGUGGCUCUGGUGUGAGUGGAUCUUCCGGCUUGCUGUCGGUGUCUAGCACAAACCCUAACUCCAACAACCCUCUCACCAUCAAAACUUUGUGCUAAGUUUUACCGGUCUUCAAAACUGACCUCACAGCAAUCUGUGAGGUUAAGGUGGAGCUUUCCACUAGUGGAGACUAUACUGAUCACUUAGAACACAAAAUGGAGGAACUGGUGGCAUCUCAUAACGAUCUGAUUUCUACUCAUGACCACCAACAAUCUGAGCUGUAGGCAUUUAAAGACAAGAUGACUGUCUUGGAGGACCAUUCGCAGAGGAAUAAUAUUAAGCCUCUCUUGCUAAUUUUGGAUUAUGCUACAUCUCUGUUUCAUAAACUGUUGCCUGUCAAGACUAAAGACCUACUUAUCAACUGAUACGUCGUCUCCCUAGACCAAGAUCGGUUGCCACCUCUCUCCCCAGAGACACUCUCCUUCGUGUUCAUUUCUUCACAAUUAAAGAGCGCAUCCUUCAAGCCCCCAGAUCUUCUGGAGACUCUGAUGUCCUCUGUGGCCUGCAACUCUUCCCAGACUUCCCAGUGUUAACUAUCUCUAAACGGAGCUCGCUGGCUCCCAUUACGUCAGCUCUUCGUUCUUAAGAUAUUAAAUACAGAUGGGGAUUUCUGGUGAAAUUGAUCAUUACGCAUGAUGGAUCUUUCUUUGUCAUAUCCACUUUGGAGGUCGGAGUCAAGCUGCUGUCUGACUGGGACAUUUCAGUUAAUUUGCUGUCUUCAUCUUCAGCUAGACAACACCCUUCUCAACCCGAAUGGUCCACUGCCUGAAUCUCCAUUAUGAGCUACUCUGGAUUAUAUAUUUCUGGACUUUGCCGUAUUUAGUGCAAUCCUUUAAUCAUUUUCCUGGAUAUACAAGCGUUUCCCUUAAUGAGUCGUGAGUUACUGUGUUGGUUCUUCAUUUUAAAUUUUUUUACACGGAAUUAUAUAUGUAUCUACUGCAAUGUUUCUUUAUUGUGUUAAUUUUAGAUAUACUGCAAUAAUGUUUAUUUACGACUUACUUAUAUAUGGGCUUGGGUGUUGGUGUCAGUGCUACAUAUCCCCUGUUAAUUCUAAUGCAUUCCUUUCCCCCUGCAGUAGUUAUGUAGACCCAGUAUACUGUGUUGUUUUGGUUCUUUUUCCUAUCCCUCUUUAUCGUAUCUCCUUCUUUUGCCUUUUUGUUUUUCCUUUCACCUUAAUACUUGGGUAGCUAUUUGAAAUAUGCAAUAUGAUCUCUGCCUUACUUACACUUAUGUGAGUUCAGGACUCAUAUUACAACUCAUAUUUUAGCUAAUGGACGGGAUUUUUUUCAUUGAAUGUCAAGGGAUUAAACUCCCCUCAUAAGCGUGGGCUGACCUAAUCCACUUUUCAUAAACAGAGACUGGUUAUCGUGGCCUUACAGGAAACACAUUUUCAGCUUUAAGCCCACCACUUAUGAAAGAUCAGAGAUAUCCUAUUAGUUAAUUUGCAAAUGGCCCUUUUAAAUGCAGUGGAGUGAUAAUUCUCCUCCAUAACUGUCUCAUUCCUAUUACACUCCCAGAUGUCAGAUAACAAUGGUUAUUAUCUUAUUAUCACUGGUCUCUUAGAAGAUAAGUUGGUUACUGUUGUCCCUUUAUAUGCUCCAAUUUCUAAACAGGUCCCCUUAAAGAACUGUAUGUUUAGCUAUACAAAGGAUUUGGCAAGGUUCUAUUAUUAUUAUUAUUAUUAUUAUUAUUAUUAUUAUUAUGGGUGAUUUUAAUUUGGUAUUAAACCCUAGACUAGAUCAAUUUAAUCAACCCUGCCAUCUCAUUAUUAAUUCUUCAGCAUUCCAUAUCCUAUUGGCAGAAUUUGAUCUAUACGACAUAUUCUCCGGUACACAACUCUUACUUUUAUAUAGAUCUCAUCCUCUAUCAUAAAUGGACAUUACAGCAUUCUUUGGUUGGUUGAUAUACUGCCUGUCUUGUGGUCAGAUCAUGCUCUGAUGUUGUGAACCUGGGACAUUCUCCAACAAUCUAUGACCCCUCACCCAUGGCAUUUGUCUCCUCAUCUCCUGUUAGACCCAACUGUGAAAAAAAUCUAUUCUAGACAGUAUCUAAUUCUAUAUGACUACUAACGAUUUCUCUUGAUUGUUGACCUUAUGACUUUUUGGUGUGCUUCUAAAACUGUUAUCAGAUGUUCUGCUAUUCAGGCAGGCUCUUAAGAUAAAAAGAAAGAAAUAAAAGCGCAUAUGAUACACAGACAACCUCUGCUGAUUGAUCUGUUCACUGCUCCCAAAAUUCAGGGUAUUAGCGACCCUGUGGGACCAAAAUAGAAAGAAAGAAUAGGGAGCGCAAACAGACAAACCGUAAUAUUUGGAAUAAUUAUAUUAAAAAUGUAUUAAAAUGACUCGUAAAAUUAAUACAGACUGAAUUAUUUAUGCAUUUGUAUAAGCACAUCUACCAUUUAUAAUAAACAAGUAACCAAACAAUAUUUACUGAUUAUAAAUAAAUAUAAAGGGUAUACAGUAAAUAGGAUCCUCGAGGUAGAUAUCAAUUAUAAAAAAGAAGAAGACCAUAUGGUAUAAAAGUCCUCUUGAUUUAAUAAAUGGUCCCUCAGAAAUGGUGGUACCAUUAAUGUUCAGGUGACCGUGAUAUUAUAAUUUCUGUAAUAAUGGACGAUGGUAUCAAGUGCACUUGAUCUUUAAACUAGAAAGUAUGGUUGGCAACAAAUAAAGUCUUCUUCUCACAAUUUAUAUGAAGAUAUAGUGAACCCAAUAAUUGAUGAACUCACGUGGAUCCCGAAAUGGAUGCGGUCAUCUGAAAACAGCGUUUAGGGCCGCGGCCAGUUGUUAAAAAGGCAGAAGGGCAACAAUGGAUAGAGGUACUUGUUGUUAUACCAAGAAGACAAAUUCACUGGGGACAGGGCAUGUAGACAAUUGAUACUGACCAGCCCGUGAAUAGCCUCGUCCAAUAUCUGCUCUGUGAGUGCCGCGGCUGACCGCUUCCUAAGCCACUGAGCAGGCGGCACUGGCGUAGUCCGUGAGCCCCUAUAUGAGGGAAAUAUGCUGCGGCUAGCCGUCUCCCGGACCGUUGGGCAAGUGGCACUGGUGUGGUCUGUGAUCCGCUCGAUGGAGAGGAUGUGCUGCGCCUAUCCAUUCCUGGGCCGCCGAGCAGGCGGCACUGGCGCGAUCCAUACCCGCUGAGUGGGUGAGAUGUGCUGCGGCUUAGCUGUUUCCUGGUCCGCCGGGCAAGUGGCACUAGAAUGGUCCAUAUGCCGCUGUAAAAGGUGAUGUGCUGAAGGACAACCUGAUAUUUGAUGCCGCGGCUUUCCGUGUAGCAGGGAAGCCUGUACAGGGCGGCUCGGAACAAAGCUGAUGGUGACAACUAAAGAUAGUGUAGUCUGUAUUGUCGGUUGAGAUAGGAGUUAUCUAAUUUGACAAUACAGACUGCACUAUCUUUAGUAGUCACCAUCAGCCCUAUUCCCUGUUCUUAAGUUUUCAGUUCCUUAUGAAGACUGAAUACAUGCCCUACUCCUCAGUUUCCUCUCCCGUUAUGAAGUGGAUGAUAUGGCAUGAAUACAUGAUGGAAGGGGAAGGUGCUCAAUUUAUAUCUCAUUCAUCUAAGUCUGACUCUCUUCAAUUUAGCUUAAAUUAAGCUGUUUCACCUUGACAUCCUUUACAUGUUUGAUAAUGGCUUGUUUUAUGUGAUAAUUCAGCUCAAAUUUUGGGUGUUUGCUCUGGGUAUAUUUUUAGUUAUUAUAUAAAGAAUUGUUAGAUACUGUACUGUAUGAUUUUACGACUGAUAUUUUUUCUUCCCUUGUUCCAUGUUUCUGUUUCCCAUCCCCAUACUUUUCUUUAUCCUGUACCCCCACCCUAGUAAAACUCUUUUUUCUUCAAUAAAAACUAUUGAUGAUAAAAAA